ACGCGCCGCGUCUGACAAGCCAAUCGGCUCCCGUGUUUUUUUUGUUUAUAUCGUAUUGGAAUGUAAUGUUUUUCGAAAAAAAAUAUUUUUUUUCUUUUUUUUUAUCGUUUCGUACGGUAUCGUGCCGGGGUAGGCGACGGACAAGUGAUUGAUGCGAGGCGCCUUCGGUGUCACACUCAAAUAGGCAAUUUUUCGAUCGGCCCAAAGAUUGAUCAAUAAGAAAUUUCGUUACUUACUACUAGGAAAACUUACUCAAAUAGGAAUGUUACUGGAAAACCAGGACUUCAUGUACCGCGUAACCGAGCCCUACGCGACCUCGUUCACCCAAAAUGAGCUCAUGGAAAAGUUCAAUUUGGCCUUUUACGAGGCCCAGAACGCGUACAAACCUGCGACGCCGAGCUACGACGUUUCUACGACUUGCUACGACGAAACGCGAGGCGCUGCCGGCUCCGUCUAUGACCCCACCACGGACGACGACCUCAUCGACUUCCUCAUCUCCGAGGACGACCUGAGCGCGACCGGUUGCGACAUAAACUUCGACUUCGACGACUUCGAGGAGAGUUUCGACCAGAACGUGUCGAAGAGCGAGUUCGACACCGAAACUUUCGCGCGUUCCGACGUCAACUUCGGAGAAAGUUUCGCGAAUUUUUAUGUGGCCCCGCCCAUUGGGAACCGCGACGACCUGGAUAUGGAUUUUGACGAUAUCGAUCUCUGCGAGGUCCUGUCGUGCGCCUCCUUUGAUCUGGAGGAUUCGACAGGCGGUAUUUCUCUGCCCCCGAUCGGUACCAUCGUGAAGAAUAACGUCGAUUUUAAUAACUACGUGAGGACUAUACCGGCUGACGACGUAGGAUACGCGCAACAGGACCCAAACAACAGGACAGAGUUCGGACACUUGAUCGGACCCGAUACGAUCGAAGUCGACCGGCCACUCCCUAUCAGUUACGUCUGCGGCGACAACCAAAUGGUCCUGACUCAGUCGGACGCGUUGCUUCACGACGACCCGCUGUUGAGCUCGUCCAAUAUACUCUACACGACUUCAGUAGUGCCGGAAGUUUACGGGUGCGAUUACGGAGACGAUGCGAUCGCAUCGAAAAACUUCCAAUGCAAAUGGGAUGGGUGCUACGAGGCGUACGACUCGCAAGGCGGUUUGGUCAAGCACAUUGAAAAGUCGCACGUCGAAGUGAAACGAGGGGAGGAGUUCACGUGUUUCUGGGAACGGUGUCCGAGGAAAACGAAGCCGUUCAACGCCCGAUACAAACUGCUUAUCCACAUGCGGGUCCACAGUGGCGAAAAGCCCAACAAAUGUCCGUUCAACGGCUGCAAUAAGGCCUUUUCGAGGUUAGAAAACCUCAAGAUUCACCAGCGGAGCCACACGGGCGAGAGGCCCUAUGUAUGUCAAUUUUCAGGCUGCACAAAGUGUUUUUCCAACAGUUCUGAUCGCGCCAAACACCAAAGAACACACUUUGAUACAAAACCCUAUGCUUGCCAGGUUGCGGGGUGCGCAAAGAAAUACACGGAUCCGAGUAGUCUGCGGAAACACGUGAAAAACCACAGUUACGAGGAGCAGUUGCAAAUCAAAAGGAAAACGAACGAGGACGUAAGCAUACUGGCCAGCCCGAUCGCGAAAAAGUAUCUCGAUCCGUCAAAACAGAAGGCCGUGAAAUCCGAACGCCUGUUCAACGCUGAUUCGGAUCACACGUAUUCAAACAACUGUUGUUCGUCACCUAAGAAGUAUGAUACUUCCAAUGUAAAACAGGACCUCAAGAAUAAAAUUGAAAAAAAUAAACUCAAGAGGACUUGCUUCAAAUUUGAAUAGAGAAAUAAAGUCUGUCUCGAGCGGAUCGUGUUUGUAUAUAUUUUGUACAAUUUUAGUAUUUUUCUAAUAAAUUAUAUUUAAA